CGCUCCCCGCAGCUUUCCCGAGGAAAGCAGUAGAACUUUGAAUAGCCACAGAACUUUGAAUUCCUCCUGAAGUUUAAGCCCUGCUGUUGACCUCAAAAGAAAUUCGAGGAGCACUUUUGUACAAAAGACAGUUAACACACCUGAAGCUGCUGUUUAAUCAGGACGUUGUUGCCCUGAUUGUUUGCAGCUGAGCCUCCAGCCUCCUUCCCCUGACUGCCCACAGCUGAGCCUCCCACUGAAAGCCUUGCAGUUUGAAUUUCUUGGUGAUGAGCUGGUUAGCGUGCAAAUGAAUGAAUAGGAAAGCAGCUGUAGCCUAUUAAAACUAUUGAUUUCCUCUGUUUCCAGACAAUAGGAGUGAUUGCCUGCUGCAUUUCAGUGCAGCCUGUGGGAUGGCCACAGUAACCUCCUGGAGGGGAAAUACAGAGGUGGUCACUGCUAGAAGGACUGAGUCACACGAUGUCCCAGACAUUGUCACCCUCUUCAGCCCUGUCACAGAAGACCUCUUCGGAAGAAUUGAUGUCACUUACCUUUUAGGAUUAUCAAAUCUUGCUUUGACACUCUGCAAUGAGAAGAAUGAGGUUCUAGCCCAUGCUGCCUUUCUGGACUAUCCAAAUUGGAAUAUCACUGAUCAGGCUGAAUGGGAACCAUUCCUGCAUGAAAACUACACUAACAAUAAGUGCACUCCUUUGAACACUCUCUUUGUGCAUCUCUUUGUGGCAAAGGAAGAAUAUGCAGCUGGAUGUUCCCAAGAGAUCGUUAGGAGAGCUUUCAUCUUACUACCAGAACUGCAGUUUAUACUUCUCUUUAUACCAUCUGAGGAGAGGUUAGGUUUCAGUCAUUCAGAGCUGGCCAUGGGGAAUGUGUUUGAAAGGAUGACGCCUGUUCCUGGCUCACGCAUGGAGAGACGUUUCACCUUGCUGGCGUGCCCCAGGCAUCGCUGUCACCCCCAGCUGUACGUGCGCCAAGCAAGGAUGGAAGAUUAUGAUGAUCUCAUGCUAAUCUGGACGCCUCAAAGUGAGACUCUGAAGGAAACCUAUGGUGAAUAUCUCCUUGUUGAUCUCAUAGAACGUGAAGGUGAAGAAAAUCAGGCAGCUGUUUGUGAGGUUGAUGGCACUGCUGUAGGAUUCAUGAGCUUAUGUUCUCACGUGAAUAUUUCCUUGUUUCAAGAGUGUUUUGACUUGGGGCCUUUCCAUGGACUCUGUAAACCACAUCCAGGGGAUAUUCUCAAAGUGCCACGGAAGCCAAGCGUUCAAGGAGAUAAAGAUGAAAGCGACCAAACAAGUCCAAAGGCAGAGCCUGUUUGUUCUCAGGACUUGGAACACGUUCCUGGUGCAGAUGCAGCUGUGCAGAAGGACGGAGCAGUGGCCCUUUCCCAGACUGAAGUGCCGGUGGGUGAUAUCAGCAACACAGGCUCUGAGGGCUCAGCAGCACCUCUCCUGGAGACUGAGGAGGGGGAUUUACACCCCGUGUACAGAGGAGACCCAAAUGUCUUCUGUAUCCGUCUGUUCUUUAUCAAUGAGAAGUAUGAAACCAGGUCACUGGAUUUUUUGCAGUAUGCUUUCAGCGUUUUCCCAGACAGAGACUUGUGUGUCAUCCUGGUGCCACAUCACGUCCCAGAGUUCCCUCUGCUCCAGAGCUUUGUUCGGGCUGUCCCUUCCUGCACUUCCAGGCUGGGUCGGGAGCUGUACGUGUUCCACCGGGCGGGAUUGCUCACGUCAUUUAAUGUAAGAAAAGCAACAACCAGUGACUUACAGGGUGUCAAAAUACUCGUUGAAACUCUUAGCUUGAGUGAAAAGAUAUGGAACGACUCAAAGAUAUUCACUGAGGCUCGCAGGGAUCCAGAUGGGAUGCCAGUACAGGCUUUUGUAGCAGAAGUUUUGGAUCAAAUCGUUGGUGUUUCUGUCACUAGGGAUGAAAUGGAUAUUGAGUAUAUUAGAUCACAUUACAACAUUGAGGAAUUCAUUCAUUUUAAUCACCACCAGCAAGAGGAACAUGGACAUCUUUGCCACUUUGUCUUGAAUCCUGUAUUUCAUCACUACACAAAAUACUUCCUAAAGGAGAUUCUUCGCUUGGGUCACAAAUCUUCUCUUUACUACCCUAUUUAUCCAGAAUACGUGGAGGCCCAGUUCCAGCGUCCCCGUGCCCAUUCCCUGACAUCUGCCCUUCAUUACAUGGCUCCCGUGCGGCCGAGACGACAGAUUGUCUAUCCUCUGCGAGAGCUUGGCGCGAGCGCUCCGUCGGAGCAGGUCUCCAAGGAUCAGCUGAAAUAUUCUUUGAACCACACAAAUCGAAAACUGGUGCUGGAAUCAAAAGUGUGUAUCAACAGUAGAAUCGUGGUGGUUGGUGCAUCUGAUGUUGGAAUCUCUUUUCUGGAAACGCUGGUGUUUUGGCCACGUCUGAAGUUCAACAACCUGACCUUGAUUUCCAUUCACGGCCUUCCAGGAAAAGACCCAGAGAGCUCCAAGUAUAGAAGAUUUUUAAUUAACAGCCACUGUUUUAAUGAUGACGAUUAUGCACAGAUGUCACUUUGUUCCUGGGUUAAUGUUGUGGUUGGUAAAAUGACGAGCAUAAACCGCAGUGCCAAAUACGUUGUUGUUUCCAAGGAGAAGAAAGUGCCUUACGACUACCUGGUUCUGUGCACGGGACAGAGCUACCAGGCCUUGGCCCCCACAGGAGCAGAUAGCACUGAAGUCACGAGUCAGUGGCCACAGAGAUACACGGAGAAAGUCCCUUCCAACCACUUCACUCUCAACAAUUCCCAGGACUGCUCGGAGGCAGCACGCUGGCUGCAGGAAAACCUCGUCAGCUCCAGAGGGAACGUCAUUGUCUAUGGGAAUACAAUUGACAUUUACACCACGGUAGAAGCCCUCUUAUCCCUUGGGAUUGAUGGCUCCUGCAUCCAUCUCGUGCGGGCUCCGCUCGGCUCUGCCGGUCCGUGCCUCGGGGACGCCGCCCUGGAGCGCGUGGUGGGGGAGGCCCUGGCACAGGCUGGGGUGGCUGUGUACCCUGACAGCGUCCUGGCAGAGUGGGGCCAGGAUGAGCACGGCCACAUCGCCUGGGCUGCCUUCAAACCGCUGGAGAGCGCUGCCGCAGAGCCGCUCCGCCUGCCCUGCUCAGCAUUUUUUAGCUUUGCCUACAGGACACUGGAUUAUGAAACCUUUAAGGCCAUCAGUGAUGCUUGCCUUGUUUUUGAUGGAAGACUUGUGAUUGAUGCCAAAUUCCACACCAAUGAUGCCAGCAUCAGGGCAGCAGGUCCCCUGACAAAGUUCUCCAGGAGAUACUUCAGGGAUGAUGUGACACACAGCAACUUCAACUCCAAGGAGAUUGGCUUUGAGCUUGCUGCUUCCAUGCUGAGUCUCUUUGAUCCAAGCCCUCAGCCCAGUUCUGAGCCACCAGAAGGCUCAGACAGACUCAUCCCCGUGUACAGAAGGUGUAAAGUUCAAGGUGGUGUUCUUCCUGGAGGUUAUAACUACUUGCACGUUUCCAAGCCUGGAAUCCCUAUGGCCUUGGAUGUAGAACAUGACCCAUGUGAUCAUGGCAUGGAGAUCGUGACCGGGGAGGCUGCUGCCGGGAAUUACUUCAGGAUGCACUUGAGCAGAUACAGGAUGGUGGACAGCAUCACCUGCUUUGCCAAGGAACCCUUCCCUGUCUCCAACUACCUCUGCUUGUACGGCCAGCACGAGCGCCUGCUCAAUGACCUGUGCUACCGCUGGAGGGCCGGGCAGCUCUCAGACCUCUACAGCUACUUCAGGGAACCUUGGUCCAUGGCCAUCUAUCACGAUCGGUUUAUUGAUCUGCAGAAGGAACUGCGCCAAACCCUGAUGUCAGAACAGGUGGCCGGCCAGCGCCCCGAGCACAAAGCGGGCCCAAAGCCGGCAUUCCGGGAGCCCGUCCUGCGCUACCUGCGCCAGCACCGCGCCCAGCUGCCCAUGUACGGCCCGACCGACCUCUACACACUGCCGGCUGCAGCAGGCAGCCAGGGACCGAGGCCGGGCAGAGCCGGGCACAGCGGCAGCAGCGGGAGCCCCGCGGCGGCACAGGGACCCUCCCAGGAGCGCAUCCUCCCGACACGGUUCCUUCACUGACAGAAAAUCAAUAGAAAGCAAAACCCAGCUGUGAAGCAGAAAAUCAAACCGGUUUGCCCAAGCUCUCAGUGAUAGAGGUUCCUUCCUGCAGCUGCACCAGGUGAGUUCCUGCCGGGCACCCAGGCUGAGCUGCUGCCCCUCGGGCACAGAGCGCAAGGCAGAGCCCAAGGGCCACCUCAGCAUCACUGGCCACGGCUGGAAUGUGCCCCACCGGCACUGGGUGGCCCCUGGCCAGGUGCUGGCACUCAGAUGGACAGACAGCUGCAAUACCAAGUGCAAGUGCAGAAACAAACACGGGGGCCCAACGGGGCAUUUCCCAAAAAACGCAAUCCCUUCGCUCAAAACAACUCCCAUUCUGUUGGGAGGUGUGCGUAUGUGUGCCCAGGAGCAACCAAGCAGCAGCAGGACAGGGCUCUGGGGCUGCUGAUCUCAGGUUUCUGUUGCUUUAAAAUACUGGAUAUUUAACCCCAUCAACCUAUGACACCUGUAGACCAAAACACCUCAGCUACUGCCAACACGAGCUCUGCUCACUACAGCAGGUGCCAGGGGGACCCUAAGUCCUCAGAAACCUUUAGCUGUGUUGUCCUCAGGCUAGAGACAGGUCCCUGCUGGGACAAGGUGAGGGGGUUACUCAGUUCUUCACGCUGUGCCGGGAAGGGGUCAUGGCAGGAGUGUGGCAUUUGCUCUUCUAAAAGCGAUUUGCUUAUUUUUGUGUCUCUAGGGAGCAGUUCCAGUGCGCAGCCAUCACACACACCGCAGAAAAGUCACGGUAUUCCUGCAGUGGGACAUCCCUCAUCCACCUGUGCUCCAGCAGGGAACGUUUGCUACUGGGCUAGUCACGGGAAAACCUCUCUUUAGCAGAAAUGCACAGGUAAAUGCUGCCUGGAAUGACUAAAGCAGUGCUCUAAGGGUACAUUAAAUAACUGGUCUCAGA